ACGAAGCGGGAAGCUCGGCCUGAGGAGUUCGGGGCGUCUGAGCGGAGUGGGCGGUGGCGGAGCUGCUCCUUCCCAUCCCAGAUCCUGUGGUAAGGGCGCGAGGAGGUGAAUCGUCUCCCCGCGCACUUCCAGACCCUGACCACCCUCCCUUUGCCGCCCCCCGGGCCGCCCUCCCGCCGCCAUGUCGGUUCGCCCCAUGGCCUACGAGACGCAGUUCUUCGGGUUCACCCCGCAGACUUGCAUGCUGCGCAUCUACCUGGCGUUCCAGGAUUACCUCUUCGAGAUGAUGGUGGUGGUGGAGAGCGUCAUCCUGAAGAAACUCGAGGCGCUGCCAGCCAUCCAGAUUAGCCGCUUUGAGAUCCGCAAGAGCACGGAGAAGUUCCUGCACUUCAUGAAGGCCCGCUUCGAUCAGCUCUUCGGAAAGAUGGAAGAGGUGCUCCUGCAGCUGGUGCUCAGCAUCCCCGACAACGUGCUGCUCCCCGAGGACAGGGUGCACCAGCAGUACCCCUACAGCCAGGAGGAGUUCCAAGCUCUGCAGGAUGAGAUCUCCCAGCUGCAGCAGCAGUGCAGGGCCGAGGCAGCUGCCGGGCAGGCAUUGCGUGCAGAGCUGGAGGAGCAGAGAGCCGUGCAGGCCGAGCUGGAGAAGGUUGUGCAGUGGUUUGAUGGGCUGGAGAACAUCUGCAGGGAGCACGGCACUGGCAACUUCAAAGAGAGCCUGGUGUUCCUGACACAGAACUGUAAGAAGCUGCAGGAUGUGCUGAGAGAUGUUGAAGGGAAGAGUAAAAAAAUAAAGAAACACCAACAGUUACUGUAAUGGAAAUCCCCAAAAGGCAACAGUGAACAUUGGGAUGGCGUGCUUCAAAUGAUGGGGUUUAUCUUUCCAGAAGCAUCUCUGGUGCCUUCCCCACACAGUCCUGCCAGGAUCCACACUGAGUGCUGCUGGAGAGAGCCUAGCAAACAUGGGAAUAAGGGACAGGAAAAGCCUUGGUUAUCUGGGGAAACACAGCUCUGACAGCAGUGCUUGGAAAUGAGUUCUUGGUUGGAUAACCUGACACCUUCCUGGCCUUAACGUUAAGUUCGAACAACUUUAAAAUAAACAAAGCAUUUCUGUAAGGUUAUAUGAAUACAGAGGAGAAGAGGUGGCUCGUGUUUAAGCAAGGAGUGUGCCGUGCUGCUCAGCCAGCUGACACAGAAGUCACAGGAGGAAAUCAGCAACUCAGCCACUUUCUCCUACUUCAGUUUAUGUUGAUUUAUUUUUAUUGUCCGGUGUCUUUUUUUCCUACUGACCAGUGAAGCUCAUUUUAUUAAUGCUUAUCAGACAUUGCUGCCUGAGUGCUGCGAGGCUGACUGGUGUGCUUGAGUCAUUUGAAGUCACUUAAUUAAGCUUUUUCUAUCUGUACUUUAUUCUAAACAGAUUACUGUCUGUGUGCACCUCUGCACUACUCUCAGGUUAUAACUCUCCUGUACAGGCUGAUUUUCUUGAAGUAGUAAUUAGUAAUUGGUACUUAACGAGCAUGGAUGCUUGAAAAACGUUAGCCAUUGCUGCAAUAAAAGAUGCAUCAAAAGUAUAGAGCAGGUUUAGCAAUUCGUUCUUCCAGAACUUGUGGAGAUGGGGCAUAGGAGCAGCUUAGUGACGCAGCGCCUCGGCUGUGUGCUGAUGUGUGACCUGCAGCACUCAGUGCCACUCCUGAAAGGAAGGAAAUUGCAAAUUGCUGUCUAAUGUUGGACUCUAGG